AUGGAUCAAUCACCACAGCCAGGACAGAGCGAAGUUGUGGCAACGCUGUUCUACAAUCCACCGCGGCCUAAGACACAGCAGCCUAACUCAACCUCAUGCAACUUGACGAAUGCGCUGUCUACUGCCUCAGUAGCACCCACAUCUCAAGAUGGCGGGUACAUAUCCCAAGACUGCAUCGCCGACUUCUACAAGAUACUCAGCGCCAUCGUCACCGAAUUCUCCCAUUCGUCCGCGGCCGAGCGACCUCUGGACAAUGCAGACUCCCCGCGCGUCAUGGAAAUUCGAUUCUCCCUACCAGACACCACCUCCACCUGGCCUGAAACCCUCAGCAAGCAAGACGCCAUCACCCGCUUUGAGCAUACCUGGAACAUCGAAGCCGUCUUCCAAAACGCAAGAACAUACUCCCUUCACAAACAACCCGGCCUCGCAGUCUUCGACAUGGACUCGACCCUCAUCCAGCAAGAAGUCAUCGACGAAAUCGCGCGCACGCUAGGCGUCGAAGCCGCCGUCUCAUCCAUAACCGCGCGCGCCAUGAACGGCGAGCUGGACUUCGAAGCCUCCCUCCGCGCGCGCUGUGCCCUUCUCGCUGGGGUGCCUAGCACCGUCUUCGAGACGAUCCGAAAACUCAUCACGCCGACGCCCGGCGCGUUGGACCUAGUCCACGCGCUCAAGAAGCUGGGCUACAAGACCGCCGUGCUGAGCGGCGGCUUCACGCCCGUGACGGGCUGGUUCGCGACGCAGAUAGGCCUGGACUACGCGUUUGCGAACCACCUCGUUGAGGGCGACGACGGGAAGUUGACGGGGGAGUUGGAGGGCGAGAUUGUGCAUGCGGAGCGGAAGCGCGCACACGUGUUGGAGAUUGCGAAGAAGGAGAGAGUGGAGCUGGAGAGGGUGCUUGUGGUCGGGGAUGGUGCUAAUGAUCUGCCGAUGAUGGGGGUUGCAGGGCUGGGCGUGGCGUUCCAUGCGAAGCCGAGGGUGCAGCUGGCGGCGCCUGCGAGGCUCAAUACGGAGAGUCUGCUGGAUGUGUUGUAUCUUUUUGGGUUUUCAAAGGAGGAGCAGGAGGAGCUGCUGAGGUAG